AUGCGUGUUUGUCUCCUCUUCGCAACACUUGGCGUAUGCGGAGCGGCCACGAGUGCAGCCCUGUCCACGGAACAUCUACAGUACUGCUUGCACAAGGGAAGUCUGUUCAUUAGGCGUUCGCCCCGCAAGUACGAAAAGAAAGUUUCUAAGAAUUGGAAAAGCAACGUCACCAGUUCCUGCGGUGCAGCUGUUGUAAGCAGAUUGGAGUCUCCCAUAGUGGGUGUUCCUGUUGGAGUGACUACCUACUUUGCUGAGCAUGGAGAACACCGUACGGAGGACAACGGGGGAAUGGCCUUCCUCUCCCCGAUCAGCAGCAACCGGAAAAAAGUGAUCCUUUCCCUGAGGAAAGAAAUGACACAACGCCAUUUCAACUGCACCAAAUUGAACAACAUCCUAUGCAUGCAGUUCUUGCCAGAUGUGUCUAACGCCUACUUAAGGUACGUCCUCGAAAAGUUCAGCGCAAAUGAUCUGCCAGUUAAGGAAAACGUUUUAUUUCACCUGACCUUGAGGUACCUACGUGAGCGUACCACCAACCGUGUUGAAGGAAAGACAAGUGAAACAAACCUCCAACUGAUUAACACCAUUGAAGAUAACGCAUACAAAUUUAUUGCCGACCAUGCGAGGGUCAUAAAAAAAUGUGCAAAGAGGAAGAAGCAAAACGAGGUAAACAUUGAACCAUGUAGGACGGAGGAGGAAAGACCAAAACGAACAAACACCUCCCCCUGGCCAUCUCACAACAAAAUUGUCGAUGCUUACUUAAAAAUGAAAAAAAAAUUUAACAUCAUUUUUGUCAGCAUAAAAAGCGAAAAAAAUGUUUACAGAGUUUUUAGAAAAAUAAAAAGAAACAUUUCUUUUUACGAUUUUAUGGAUCGACUAGCCAUUUUGUGUUUUUUCCAUCGACACGCGCAGCAUAGAUUUGUGCUUCACUUUUUCAAAAAAUACAUUUUUAGUCUGAAAAAUGAAAACAAUUUAUUUGUCAUUAAUUUUGUCAACACGUUGGAGGAGAGGAGUCUCCUGAAGAGGUACCUUUUGAUCCCCCAUUUGACCUACCACGCGGUUCUACGCACACCAGCGGGGGGGAGCAAUUGCGGGGACACAUUCAAGUGGAGCUUCCUCCCCGUUAACGCGUGCAACUAUGUGGAAACUUACAUGAAGGAGAGGUUCUUCCUGGGGGGAUCCAGCAGGAGGGGUGCACCCCACGCCGAGGUGACCUUCCUAAUUUACGCAAAUUUGCUAGACUCCCUUACGGAAAAGAGGAAUUACUACUUCCCCGAGCUGUUCCUAAAGCAAUUUUGUCUGUACUACUCAGAAAAGGAAAACAUCCCCCACGAUAAGAAAUGGCACUACUUCCUCAUCACCGUGUCUACACUCAUGAAGGCAUACUACUCGAAGAGGAAGCUCUACGUGAGGGGAAUCCACAGGAUGGGAGAUGAACACGAGGGAGAAAACCAUCCCCUAGUAAACCGCGUUACCAUACACGACGAUGAUAUUUUUAGGGACAAAACGCAUUCCCUGGCAACCUGUGGGGGAAAUCGCCUGAACAGUCAGCUGGUGACUUACCUCCAGGGGGACAUCCACGGGGGGGACACCCUCAAGCAGUACUCCCUUCUUCUCCUUCUUCAGUACACCUUUCUACUUGAGCUAAACCUCGAUCAUGUUAACCUGGUAAAUAGAAACUCCCCCAAUCAUUUUUCCAACUCGUGGGAUAAUAAGGAGUCGUUAGGGAAGAGAAUGACGGAAGAAGGGAGGGCAAUAAAAUCCACAUUUUUGAAAAAAGAAGCAGCCCUACCUGCACAAAGGGAACGCCUCCUUCUAAAAAUAAUUCUCCUGUAUAAGUCGAUUCUAUCAAUCCAGUGUGAACACACAGGUGAGACAAUUCUGUUGUAUAACUACACGUUCGAGGAGUUGACCCGAUUUUUGGAGAAUUAUUUUACUGACUUAGUGGAAAAGUCCUACCAUGGGGGGAGAGAAGUUACAGAGGAGAUGGAAAUGUGCGCCAAGCACAUCCUACCGUUGUGUAGAGUUAACCCGCGUCUUUUCUUCAUGCUUCUGGAAGUACUGAAGGAAAGUAGCAAUGACCAGAUGGGGAAACACCUCUUGUUGGGAAGUCAAUACACGCUAAAGAAUUUGCAGCCAUGGGUAAGGGAAGCCAUCGGGGGGGAGAUCCUCCAAGGUGGUACGAAUGGAGAGGGCAGUCAAAGGAAGACACAACGAGAGCCUUACGACAGGACGACGACCAACAGGGGAGAUCCACCCUUGGCACGCACCAUCGCAGCGUACGACGCAGUGCACAAUAUUUACAAACAAAUAACCAGUUGCUACGAUAAGGCACAUAUAAAGAAGCUGAUGAAAUGCCUACUCCCCCCGCGUAGCGAAACGGAAGGAGACUUCUCCCCCUUGGACAUUUUUAAGAGACCCAUUUUAGUCCUAAAUUUGAAGCAGAUUUUUUUCCUCUUUGUUACUUUGAAUUAUUUCAAUUUGCACGAAGAGAUUAUUCAGCUCUUUCGACACAUUAUGGGCAGCGCAGCAUUUCGGAAAAAUUUCUGCAGGGAUAAAUUGAAAAGGGGAAAUCAUUCCAACGUGAAGAACCAAUGCACUGAUCAGGAGGAACAGGAGAUGUGCCAAAAAAUUCUCUACAUUUACUGCAACGCAUGUUUCUGUGUAGACAGUUCUUUGCGCCUGCCAACCGGGGUGACAUGCUCCAGACAGCUCAUGAAGCACGUCCUCUUCUAUCGUGACCCGCUGCACAUAUUUAACCACCUGAUUAGGAAAUACGAAGGAGGAGCGAUUUCCAGGGGGAACACGGGUGGUACCUCCAACGGGAGCGAAGGAGUAAUGGAGGAGAUUUUACAAAAAAUGGAAAGCAGCAAAUUCUUUCACGAGGAGAGUCUGAGCAAAUUUUUAAGUAGUACCAUUUUUAAGCAAUUUUUAGCAGAAAAAAUAUACACACGCAUAAGUCAAAAGGAGUACACACUAAUUUUUUACUCGUUGAUGAUGCAUCUAUACAAGCACGGAUCGACGUGGAACACCAAUUUGGUUGAGAAUAACCCCGCUGAGCCAUUCCUACAGGACGAAUUCAUAUAUCUGCAUUUUUACCUCGCAUGGCAAUCCUACUUGAAGGUACACAAAAUGAGCAAGGUAAAUUUCCUAAUCGGUGCGAAGACAUUUCUCCUCAUGAAUGACGUCGAAACGUUCCAAAGAUUACUUUGCACAAACGAAAGAAUGGUAACAAAGUAUGGCAUUUUUGUGAACUCCCUUCUGAACAACUACAUCCAUCGUUGUGAUGCCCCAAUGGAUGUGUUAGAGAAUAAUUUAAUCGCUCCUGCUGAUAUGUUCAUUACCUACCAAGGUGAGAUGAUCAUUUUUAACUUAAAUGAGGAGCAAUUUGUGCAGAGGAUACGUCCAUUUGGGGAAUUUAGCAGCCAGUGUAAAGUCACGCUCUUCAUCGAUUAUAGGAAAUUGUUUCCAGACUUAAUCAACUUAAAGUUCCUUCUUACCCUCCCCUUUUUACGAAGUCAAAAGGUGAUAUCAUUUUUUAAGCAAAAUAAAAUAACCGUAUGUGAAAAUUCCUUUUGGGAUAUUACCGACGUGGUCAUAUUUUACGGGAAAUGCCUGAACAAACGGGACAAAAUUUUGGACUUUUUUUCCCAACAGAUGAGUAAUUUUUCCAUCCAAGGGAAUAAACUCGUUAAAGACGCGUUCGUCGUUUCGAGGAGGAGGUGA